AUGCUUAUGAGCAGAAAACCAAGAUCUCGCUUGGACGUACUACGUCCAGAUGUAAGACAAAGAGUACAGGACCAACAGAAGAACCAGAAAGAGUUACACGAUCAACAUGCAGUGGAUCGACUAUUACGACCAGGUGAUUUAGUAUAUUCGAGAGAAUAUGGAAAACAACAAAAGUGGUGUCCAGGAGUGAUCAAUACACAAACCGGGCCAGUUUCCUAUACCAUACAGUUGGAAGACGACCGCGAGGUUCAUCGCCAUCAAGAUCAGGUGAUCCAUAGAGAAACACCCGAAGAAAACGAAAAUGACGUCAUGAAUCCAGAUAUCAACCAGCAACCCGUUCCAGACCAACAAGUGGUUAGCGAAGAAAAUGCAGUUCCAGCAGCCCGAUAUCCGCAAAGAGAUAGACAGACACCGGACUAUUAUUCGUGA